GGCGCUACUGCCGUGUAUUUGCAUCAACAGGAAAACACUGAAGCACGAAGCAGGAAGUGGGAAGCUGCUGAUAAACUGAGGUCUUGAAGCAGUGUGACAUUCGAGAGAGGAUAGUAUUGCUGAUCAAGGAAGACUUACAUGUCCUAUAAUCACAAAUAUCAUAGAGUUAUAUGAGAUGAAGGGCGCGCUGGAGCUGCUGCAGAGGGUGAGCGCGCACCCGGACGCGCGCUGCUGGUACGUCGCGUGGAACCCGGCGGGAACGCUGCUCGCGUCGUGCGGCGGAGACCGCGCCAUAAGAAUAUGGGGGAAAGAAGGGGACAGUUGGGAAUGUAAGUGCGUCCUGGCCGAUGGACACCAGCGUACGGUCAGAAAGGUGGCCUGGUCUCCCUGCGGGAAAUAUCUGGCAUCAGCCAGCUUUGAUGCCACAACAUGCAUCUGGAAGAAGACGAAUGAUGAUUUUGAGUCCCUGACAGUGCUAGAAGGUCAUGAGAACGAGGUCAAGUGUGUGGCCUGGGCUCCGUCUGGAAACUUACUGGCCACCUGCAGCAGAGACAAAAGUGUUUGGAUCUGGGAAGUGGACGAGGAGGAUGAAUAUGAGUGUGUAAGUGUUGUGAAUUCACACAUGCAGGACGUGAAGCAUGUCGUUUGGCACCCGACACAGGAGCUUCUCGCAUCAGCCAGUUAUGACAACAAAGUGUGUAUUUAUAAAGAGGAGGAUGAUGACUGGGAAUGUAGAGCCACGUUGGAGGGUCACGAAUCCACUGUUUGGAGUCUGACCUUUGACCCUGAAGGACAGAGAUUGGCGUCAUGUAGCGAUGAUCGUACCGUGAAGAUCUGGAAGGAGUCGACGCCUGGAGAUGGUUCAUCAGAUGAGUCCUGGAAGUGUGUGUGUACCUUGUCUGGAUUCCAUGGGAGAACAGUAUAUGAUGUUGCAUGGUGUCGUCUGACCGGUGCCCUGGCCACAGCGUGUGGCGAUGACGGAGUCCGUGUGUUCAGAGAAGACCCCACUGCUGACCCAGAGCAACCCGUCUUCUUCAUGUCAGCCCAUGUGCCCAAAGCCCACAGUCAGGACAUCAACUGCGUGUCCUGGAACCCGAAGGAGGCGGGACUGCUGGCCACCUGCAGUGACAACGGAGAGUUUGCCAUCUGGAAGUACAACUCUGAUUCCUGAGCUGAUGAAUGACACUCGAUCAGACAAAAGCAUUUAAUGAACUGCUCAAGUGACAUCAUGGGUCAUAAUGAGGAUGAGGAACAAUAGCUGUUUUUAUUCUGGCUGUGAGUGAGGAAACUGUGUGUAUUGGCAGCACUGGUGAAAUGGUUUGAAAGACAAUACACUCUUUAACUCGCAUCACUCUCUGUUAGUGUUUUUGAUGGGUCAGUUGUAACUUAUCAGAAUUUUUUUUGACAGUAUGAAUAUAUAGCUUAGCUUUAUCUGUGGCUUAAAAUACCUUUUGUGCUUUAAUUAAAUAAAGCUUCUUGAUGCUGAAGAUAAAACAUCCUAAUUUUUCCUUUUAUCAUGUCCCAGAACCAUCCGUUUAGAUUGAUAUUAAACAUAUUCAAAGUCUGUUAAGUAAAUUCAUCUAUAAUUUUGUUAAAGUGAUGUUCCACUUUUAAUAGACCUUAGUCAGGGUAAAUAUUUACUUUUUGACAGGAAAGAAAGCAAGACUGUGACAGAUAGAAAUACAGUGCAUUCAGUGGAUUGAAUUGUUGUUUAAACACAUGCUGAUUCUGUGGGGGAAAAAACUUUCAGUAAACCAAAAACUCGAGGACCUUCAUGCAGUGUGUGCCAUUGUAAAGACUGUUAAAUGAAAUAUGGCAUCUAACCUGACUAAGGUGUAUACAAGUUAAAACAUACCAUGAUACAAUCAUAAUAGACAUUUAUGGGGAAUUUGAGAAUGCUCAAAAGUAGAUAUGCCAUUUUUUUUAACUGCUUUUCUGUAUAAAAAUUAUGUUUGAGCUGUAAAGUUGUUUUAAUUGCCCAUUUCGCUGUGCAAUUUCUACUUUUCUGAAUUUUGGUUAUAAGUUACUGAUGAAAUAUUGAUUAUUUGACAUGGACAUGGUUCUAUUUUGGCAAAUUUAUCACAACGAGCUGAUGUUUAACAAUGUCUUGUGGUUAUACUUUCAGUUAAAUUGUGUUGAAAUGA